ACCGAAAACACGCUGCGGAGGGGAUUGAACUCUGGGCUGUGUUGGAGCUGGACUGAGCUGAGUUAACAGACCAAAGAUGGAGCAGUUGUCAGACGAGGAGGUGGAGGUCAGGGAGGAAGAGGAGGAGGAAGAGGAGGACAGCGAUAAGGAGGAUCAGGACCUGGACAAGAUGUUUGGAGCCUGGUUAGGAGAGCUGGACAAACUCACACAGAGUCUGGACGACGGCCGCCCGGAGCGGCCUCCUCAGCAGAAGGCUCCCCUCAGACAGGAAACCAACAUGGCCAACUUCUCCUACAGAUUCUCCAUCUACAACAUCAAUGAGGCGUUGAAUCAGGGCGAGAACGUGGACCUGGACGCUCUCAUGGCGGAUCUCUGCUCCAUCGAGCAGGAACUCACCACCGUCAACGCAAAACCCAACAGCGCUGGCAGCAUGGCUCGUCUGGGCCUGACCGACACUAAGGUCCGACAGAAGCCUCCAGCGGGGCGCAGCGGCAGGCAGCAGCCAGCAGGGAGCGGCGGUGGCGGUAGCAGCAGCAACAGCGUCAGCGGCGGCGGUGGCAGCAGCGGAGCGAGCAGCAGCAGCAGCAGCACCAGGGCGUCACCUGCUGGAACCAUCAGAGCUCCCGCCGGGCAUCAUGGGAGACCGGCGCUGGCUUCUAACUUCAGUCUGGACGACAUCACGGCGCAGCUGGAGAAGGCGUCCCUCAGCAUGGACGAAGCCGCCCGUCAAACCUCGUCCCACUCUCUCAGCUCCGCCUCCACCUACACGUCGGCCACGAUGCGGCGACCCGGGUCGUCUCAGCGGCAGCAUCGACGCACAGGAUCGGUCGGCACCGUCAGCGAACAUGAGGUGCGUUCGAUCGUCCACUCCUCGCGCUCCUCCGUCACCUCGGCCUCUGGCGUUUCUGUGAACUCCGCCUCCUCCAUGGAUUCUUUGGACAGCGUCCUGCACUCCAGCGAAUCUGAAGGUCAGCAGCCGUCGGUUCAAGCUGAAGUAGCCGGUCCAGGUCAUCACAUCACAGAGGUACGGGUCCACUUCCUGUCAGCGGUCAACAAUCAGUGAAUCAACGAUUCUGAAGUCGUCAAACACUAAAAACGUCAUCGAUUCACCGACAGAAACUAACGACGCGUGUCUGCUAACGUUGACCUGAGUGCUGCCGUCAUCACGACACACAUCACUGCUAAUUUCAUCGUGAGGCUUUUAGCACCUGUCCACUGACGCCGAGUCUGCGAUUGUUUCAAGCAGAUUACGAAGCGAUGAUGUGAAUCAGCCGAUAAUCACAUUUAGAAAACAACAAAUUACCAGCGUGCGUGAACUCUU